AUGUACGACCGCGUGAUGGCGGCCGUCAACGACCCACGCGAGGUGUCGCGAACUUUCUUCGUCGACGGACCCGGAGGUACCGAAAAAACCACGCUGUACGGAUGCCUGAUAUGGUCGCUUCGGCACCGACCACCGCCGCGGGAGGUGUUGUGCGUUGCGUUCACCGGGAUCGCCGCGACACUCAUGGACGGCGGCAUGACCGUGCACUCGACGUUCGGACUGCCGUUUGGCACGCUGACCGAAGACUCGACGUCCACCAUCACCAUGCAGUCCGAGCGAGCGCAGAAGAUACGCAACGCGGCGCUCAUCGUCUGGGACGAAGCCCCCAUGUCGCCGGGACUACAACUGACGGUGGUGGACCGCCUGCUCAGGGACGUCAUGGUAUCGGAACUACCGUUCGGCGGUAAAACCAUGCUGUUCGCCGGCGACUUCAGACAGAUAUUGCCCGUGAUCCGGAGAGGAACGAGAGCCGAGAUCGUUACGUCGUCGAUCAAGGAAACCGGUCUUUGGAACGUCAUGGAACGCUUCAAUCUGGUCCAGAACAUGCGCGCGGACAACGACGCGGACUUUGCGUCUUGGUUGCUUCAGCUCGGCAACGGUCAACUGCCCGCGGUCGACGGCGUUCCGGACACCGUGCAAAUCCCGCGGGAAAUGGUAUGCGACGUCGCUGAUUUAAUCGAUUUCGUGUAUCCGCAGCAAAUGUCGUCGGCCAACGUCGAAGAAUUUGCUCGGAGAGUCGUCGUGUGUCCCACCAACGAAGAGUGCAGAGGUGUCAACGGGGACGUGCUGGAGCGCGUCGACGGUAAUCCGAUGACCUACAACGCCGUCGACACCGUGAUGGCGGACGAGGCCGACGAAGUGGCCCAUUUCCCUACAGAGUUCCUCAACGGUUUGGAACCGGACGGCCUGCAUGAUGAAGGUGGGGUGCAUCGUGAUGUUGCUCAGAAAUCUCGAUCCUACUGUGCAACGGCGAGAAUUUUGGGCGGUGACCCACAGGACGACGACAUCGUCCUGCCCAAGAUACCGCUCACGUCCAGCGGUGAGGACGACCUGCCCAUCUCACUGCGGCGCCUUCAAUUCCCAGUGAGGUUGUCGUUCGCCAUGACCAUCAACAAGUCGCAGGGUCAGACGUUCGACAGGGUAGGUUUGCUACUGACGUCGCCCCCGUUCACUCACGGGCAGCUGUACGUAGCGUUUUCGAGGGUGAGAAACGCACAGUCCGUGAGAGUCGGCAUGUACGCCGAUGACAUCGGCCGAUUCGUCACCAAGAAUAUAGUGUACAGGAAAGUUCUGUAA